AUGGCGGCUCUGUGUGUCUGGCUCCUCUUUCUGUCAAUUAACGGAGAACCAGAUGAUUAUGCAGUACCGACCUUGGAAAGCACAGAGCAGGAAGCGGCAUACAAGGUGCUGGAGGCCAUAAAUUCUGAGAUCGAGUGGAGAAAAUUGUAUCCAGAUAAUCUGUGCACAGGAGGACCUCAUGGUGUGGUGUGCGGGUGGGACACAGGCGAGGAAAAAUGGCAUAUCGUGGAAAUGAGUCUCGGCUGGGUGGCGGAUUCGGAUAAUAACCCUCCCUGUGGCACAAAUGCAGGGUUUACUCCUCAUCUCGCAGACCUCCGCCAUGUCCGCAAGCUUUUCUUCUACAGAUGCUUCGUUAAUGCAAAGGUGAAAGUGCCUGAUUACCUUGGAGCUUUGCAGGAAAAUCUUGAGGAGCUUGUGUUUCAGGAUAAUCCGGCAAUGGAAGGCACUUUGCCUGCAGAAAUAGUCACGCUUAGUGCCCUAAGGCGUUUUAUUCUGUCAGGAAGCGGCGUUGGAGGCUCCAUUCCUGCAAAGCUUGGGAAUCUGAAGAAGCUUCAACAGCUUGUUCUGAGUGAUAAUGCUUUUGCCGGAAAGAUUCCUUGUUCUGUAGGGGAGUUAAAGGAGCUGGUCAUUUUGGAUCUCAGCCGUAAUGAGCUUGAAGGAGCCGUGCCUUCACAGAUUUCAAAGCUUGUCAGUUUGGCUAAGCUGGACCUGAGUUUUAACCGUCUGAACGGCACCAUUACUCCUGGUUUAGCGCAGCUAAAAACCCUAGAAUUUCUUGAUUUGAGCCAUAAUAAUUUCUCAGGAGGCGUGCCCUCAUUUUUGGCCGAAUUGCCAAAUUUAGCAGAUCUUCAUCUCAGCGGGAAUCCUCUCGGCGGAGCUUUGCCAGACGUGUGGGGUCGCCCAGGGUUAAAGCUGAGAAGCCUGGGGCUAUCUUCUGCAGAACUGGUGGGAAUGAUACCGGAAUCCAUUGGUGACAUGAAAGAGCUUAACUAUAUUGCCCUUGAUAACAAUAGGCUCACCGGUUUUAUUCCGGCAAGGUUUGGUAAAAUGCCCCAUGUUUAUGAGAUGAAGCUGAGUAACAAUGAUCUUGCAGGAUUUGUGCCCUUCUCCAUUGAUUUUGUCAAGAAAAUGGGCAAAGGGCUCCAUCUAGAAGGUAAUUCUGGUUUGUAUGGUUAUUCCUGUUACUCUACUUUGCCUCUUCCCCAGCCAACGAGGCCGCAAACAGGCGGGACCAGCCAAAUUUACACAUUCGUCCUUCCCAAAUUGUUUCUGCAAAUGGUUUUUGUUGCUCUGGUUUUUGUUUAA